AUGGAUGUCACAUUGAUCGUAAAGGCAUCCAAUCAGCAGUGCGAAGAUCUGACCAUAAAAUGCGAACCUUCGUGGACCAUUCGGCGACUGAAAGGCCACUUAACGGAGGUCUACCCAGGCAAACCGAGUACCGAUGAACAGAAGCUGAUCUAUUCAGGACAGCUGCUCAACGACAGCGUAGUCCUUAAGGACGUCCUCCGUCAGUACGAUGGUCAACAGGCUCACACGGUGCACCUAGUUUUCACGCCAAAGAACAGCUACUACGGUGGAAGCAGUAGCAGCAAAUCCAAUAACAAUCAAUCACAGAAAAUGUCCGCUAAUGCAAGUGCAUCUACCGCGGGUCCUAGUGGCAGCAGUUCGAGUUCUUCAGGCAGCUCCAGUAGCAAUAGUGGAGGGUCAAGAAAUAACAAUCCCGGUAGUGGAGAAACGAUGUCGGAUGUUGGAAACGGAGACGGGCUACGCCAGCGUACUCAGUCACAAGCAACGGGAAUACCGAGACCCACACCAAGACCUCCAUCGAUUGUGGAGCAAACGGCCGCCUUGCAAAACUUCAUGCAAGAGACGUACAUGCAGUACCUCACCCAAUACAUAAACCUAAUUAAUGGGCAGGCGAAUGCCAACGCACUUUAUUCUGCCUCGGGACUAUCACAAGUUGCAAACAGCACCGACGGAGCAACCAACAUGAAUCUACCAUCGAACACCCAGCAACCUCCACAGCCGAUACCAUUUGUGCCGAUGGUUCAGCCUGCCAUGACGAGAGCCUUUCCUAAUCUUGCGUACUAUCCUUGCAUGACGCCUGCAUCGUAUGCUGGCGGACUUCCUUCAGCCAGUAGCAUCCCAACACCAAUCACAUCUCUAAAUGUGGGCAAUGGCGAUGCCUCUGGCUCUGGUCUGCCAGGAGCAGGAUCAUCAGGCACAAGUUUUCUGCCACCCUCUUCGCUACCUGGUGGUGCUGCAUCAACGUCCAGUCAGCAAAUUCCAGCACCCCAGACACAGGGAACGACAGGAACGUCCAACCCAACGGCUAAUGGAGGAGCUGCGGCACCUACGACGGUGCCGACUGUAGCUGAUGGUGAAGCAGCAGGAACCACGGUGGAGCAAGUGGCUCCUCAGGAUGCGGCACCUGCGGCUGCACCAGCUCGGGCCCGUCGAUUUCCUAAUAUCGUUGUAGAAGAGCAGGAGAACAACGACUGGCUGGACGUGUUCUUUAGCAUGUGCCGUGUUGGUAUCCUGAUGACGGUUAUUUAUUUGUAUUCGUCUCCGAUGCGUUGUCUGACUGUGCUUAUCAUUGGUUCAUUGAUGUUGUAUCUUAAAAAGCAUCUAGAUCGAGUAUAUCAGGCUAUCGACAGGCGACCACGGUUACAAGCGGCUCAGGACGGUAAUGCAGCACAAAGAGAUCAACAGCCAGCCGUUGGACAACCAAACAAUGCUGUACCUGAGCAACCACAACAGCAACAAAUCCAGGAUCAGCAAACGAACGAUGCUGCUGCAGCCAAUGACCAAGCAGGAGCAAAUGACGAACGUGGUGAAUCUGAAAGAGCACCAACCGCUGGCCCUUCGUCAAACGGCGCAAAUAUCAGUAGCGUUGCUGGUGCAGCUUCUGCUGGCACUUCGGCCAGCAGCGCCAUCGUUCCCCGUCCCCGUACAGGCCCUGCUAGUAGGGCUUCGGAACCUGCCGUAAACGUGGCUGAUGAACAACCGGGACAACCGCCCCAGCACAAUAGACUGGCCACGAGCGCCGACGGUGAUUCCGGUUCCACUGAACAGCCUGCUGCAGAAGGACAACGGAUGACGUUCAACGAUAUGACGUCCUUUCUUAGCACACUGGUGAUAACAUUCUUUACCUCUAUAAUUCCGGACACGCCAGCAGCAUAAAGCGCUUGUAAUGGUGUGUCGAUAUGGUGCUGUGCUUGUUUUCUCGAUUUUAUCCUCUUUUUACGACAGAAUGUGAGGAAAUUUGCUACAGCUUUCUUGAGAUGUGGCAUCAUCGUCGCUGAUAUGCGAUCUUUGUAUAGAUAAACUUAUCUGGUGGUUUUGGGGUGGUACACCUUUGGCGUCGAUUUGGAAUACCGAGGGCAUUUUCUCCCAUCAACGGAGGAUAGUAAAAUGUAGAGCAUUGUGGAUGGAUUACCUGGAAAAACCCGUUGUUUAUUCUUUUGUUUAAUUGUUUUUCUGUUUUUUUUUUCACUUUGAUACACUAUUUAAUUAUGCUAAUCGCCAUCCAUGCGGUUGUAGAUACAGCCUCGUAGAGUGAAACCCGUUUAUUAGGUCAUACGUGCAAGUGUCGAUCUUCAAAUACGAAUUACGGUAACCGUCAGGUUGAAGAUGUUUUAAGGGUGCUCAGUAGAAUUCAUAUGUUUAUAGUUUUAAAUUGUUCAGCAAGGAAAAACUGGAACAUGAUAAACAGUACCAUUUUGUUUCUUUUCCCGCUGGAAGGGAAAGAUUUGCGUUAGUUUGCAAAUUUAGGAACGAAAAAAGGUAGCAAAUGUUAUUUGUUUAUGAGAGCAGAAUACAUAUGUCUAUUUAACGAUAUUCUUGCGUUCACAUCAAUUGUGAUGUAAUUAAAUAGAGGGAACGAGAAUGAUUAGUAGAUACUAGCCGCAGAAUUCAUAGCUUUAAGCAGUGUAUGGCGAUCUAACGUUAGGACGGGUGGAAAUAAAAUGAGAAGAGAAAAAAAAUAAAAUUAACCAUGAGAAAGCUGCAAGAUGUGUUUGUCCCUGUAACGCUUAGGUUUCGUUUCGUUCUCCUCUUGUUACAUAAUUGUGAUUGAUGUUUUAAUAAAUAAGAUUUUGCU